AAGGUUGCUUCCGCAAAUUAAAGACUAAAGCCGUUUUGUUUGCUUUACUCUACAAAGAGAGACUUGAGCAGCUUCUCUUCUUCUACAAUAACCUGCGUGCCAAUCUCGAACUACCCACCAGAAGCCAACAACCAUUCUUAGCAAUACACAAUACAACGAUCGAGAUGAAGAUCAUGGUCGCCAUUAAGCGAGUCGUCGAUUACGCCGUCAAAAUCCGUGUUAAACCGGACAGAACGGGGGUUGAGACCCAGAACGUCAAAAUGUCGAUGAACCCCUUUUGCGAGAUUGCAAUCGAGGAAGCUCUGCGUAUCAAGGAGGCUGGCUUGGCCUCUGAGGUUGUGGCGGUCAGCAUGGGCCCGGUUCAGUGCGUCGACACUCUCAGGACGGGCCUUGCGAUGGGCGCUGACAGGGGCAUUCAUGUGGAAGCCACUGCACCCCUUUAUCCUCUAUCUGUUGCGAAGAUUUUGAAGGCCCUUGUUGAGGUUGAGAAGCCUGGCCUUCUUUUACUAGGGAAACAGGCUAUUGAUGAUGAUUGUAAUCAAACGGGGCAGAUGGUUGCAGGUCUUCUGAACUGGCCUCAAGGGACUUUUGCUUCGAAGGUUGUGAUAGACAAGGAGAAGCAGGAAGUGACAGUAGACAGAGAAGUGGAUGAUGGUCUCGAGACUCUUUGUUUGAACUUACCAGCCGUAAUCACAACUGAUUUGAGGCUGAAUCAACCGAGGUAUGCUACGCUCCCGAACAUAAUGAAAGCGAAGUCAAAACCCAUAAAGAAGUUCACUCCACAGGAAUUAAAUGUGGAUGUGAAGCCUGAUCUAGAGGUCGUCGAAGUAACGGAACCUCCAAAAAGAAAAGCGGGUAUCAUACUGUCAUCUGUUGAUGAACUGAUUGACAAACUAAAAAAUGAAGCCCAUGUCAUUUGAUCAUUUGAUCUCUCUCCUUUUCUAAUCCAUUUACGUAUUCAGGAUGCAAAUAAAUACAGUAUGAAAAUUAUAAUUCAAGUUGAAUAACAUGAUUUCUGUUUCCCCUCAUCCUUAGCCAAUGAAUUUCCCUGUUUUGAUUCUUAGACUGAA